AUGGUGAUCGAGAUGAUUAAAGGAGCAUAUAUGCUGUCCACAUUAGCUAUCGGAGUGAUUCUCUUCCGAUUUCUCGACGCUUCCAUCCUCAAACCGAGAAAGCUCAGAUCGAAACUCAAAAAACAAGGGUUUAAGGGCCCCUCUCCCUCUCUUUUUUACGGCAAUAUACCUGAAAUCAAAAAGAUUAUUCAGAUUCAGCAGUCUCCGACGGAAAGCUCAGCGGCCUCGCAAGUGAUGUUUCAAGAUUGGUUCGCAAAUGUCUUCCCGCAUCUUGAGAAAUGGCGGAACCAAUACGGGCCAACUUUUAUGUAUUCGACCGGAAACAUACAGAUACUUUGCGUUACGGAUCCGGAGAUGGUAAAGGAACUGAGCCUUUGCACAUCUUUGAGCCUCGGUAAACCUUCGUAUCUAUCCACAGAACGCGGCCCACUGCUCGGUAAAGGCAUCCUGUCGUCUAAUGGGCCUUAUUGGGCUCAUCAGAGGAAGAUCAUUGCGCCUGAAUUUUACUUAGAUAAAGUGAAAGGCAUGGUGAACUUGAUGGCCGAGUCCACAUUGAUUAUGCUAAAAGCAUGGGAGAGGAAAACUGAUAGUGGCGAAGUAAAGGUUGAAAUUACAGUAGACGAGGAUUUGAGAAGCUUAUCGGCAGAUAUUAUAUCAAGAGCUUGUUUUGGAAGCAGCUACAAAGAAGGGGAGAAAAUAUUCACUAAACUUCAGUUACUUCAAAGGAUAAUGUCGAGGGGAUUUAUUGGUGUUCCUGGAUUAAGGCACCUUCCCACCAAGCACAACAGAGAUAUAUGGAAACUGGAAAGAGAAAUCGAUGAUAUGAUACUGGAGGUAGUCAAAAGUCGUACUAAUGAUGAUGAAAAUGACAAAAAGGACCUUCUACAAUUGCUACUCGAUGCUGCCGAGAGUUGUGUGGGUGACAACAACAUUCCAGCAGAUAUCACCCCCAACAAGUUCAUUGUAGAUAACUGCAAAAACAUAUAUUUUGCCGGCCAUGAGACCACAUCUAUUUCGGCAUCAUGGUGUUUGUUGAUGCUUGCUGCUUAUCCAGACUGGCAAGCUCGAGCUCGUGAGGAAGUUCUUCGUAUAUGUGGGACGAACAUCCCUACAGCCGAAAUGUUACGGAGCAUGAAAGUGCUGACCAUGGUGAUUCAAGAGACCCUACGUGUUUACCCACCAGUAGCUUACGUGGUGAGAGAGGCCUUGCAAGAUAUCAACUUGAAGGGAAUUAACGUCCCAAAGGGUAUUAACAUUCAGGUACCUAUUCCCAUAAUGCACCAGAACCAAGAGCUAUGGUACUUGGAGUCUCAUAAGUUCAAACCCGAUAGAUUUGCAAAUGGAAUUACGAGGGCCUGCAAGAUUCCACAAGCAUAUAUGCCAUUUGGAGUGGGCACUCGAACAUGUGCAGGACAGAACUUCGCCAUGGCUGAACUCAAGACCAUCCUGUCACUCAUUCUGUCCAAAUUUAAGCUGUAUCUUUCACCAUCAUAUCACCACUCGCCCGUGUUUAGAUUGGUCAUACAACCGCAACAUGGUGUCACCAUUCUUCUUGAGAAACUGUAA